GUUUCCCGAAACCACUCGACUGUACAUCUUCACCAUAUUCAAUCAUCUUUCCAUUCGUCUACAACCCUUCCCCACAACUCCGCCCACCGACAAAUUCGAUUAUCACAACCCUUAAACUCACGUACUCCGUCUUGCGCAACAAACCGCAGCCUUUGCAAUUUGCGAAAGCCGAGUCAACAAGGGUUUAAAUCACCGAGAAACGCAGAGCGCAUUACUCACCGAUCAACAUAUACCCCUCCAAAGCCUUUGCGAAGCAGCACCGGUACUUGGGCUAUAGCCAUUAUCGCUUCUAUAGUAGCGACUCUCUACACCAUCUCCUCGAGUGACGUUAAAAGUGCAACAAAUUCGAAGCAACAGCAGCCGGUUUCAGAGGGCCUCAAGUUCUUAUUGGAGUCAGAAGGAUUCGAAAACUUCGAUAUGGCAGAUGCAUCUCUUCCAGGAAGAGUGAGCAACUUGACGCCGGAACAAGAGGAUAAACUGAAGGAAUUCUGGGUUGCAACUCUUCAAGUCUUCGGUGUGAUGGAUCAGAAUGGGCAAGUGGAUCCUGGCCCUAUCAAAGCGAGAUCCGAUACAGCCUCGUUGAAGAAGCCCAAGAAGAAGAGAUUUGGUAUGUUGCGGAGGAACCAUGACGGUGAUGCGGACUCGAUAGCUUCUACGGAUUCGGGCUCAAAGACCCCCAUAGUCCCAGCAGAUGACGACAAGUACGGGCAGACGAAAGAGUUCCAUGACGCGAUAGCAAGUCUGUCUCCAGAGUCACUCCGAGCAGCAUUCUGGAGCAUGUUGAAGCAUGACCACCCCGAUGCGCUCCUGCUGCGGUUCUUGCGAGCUCGGAAGUGGGAUGUGGAGAAGGCAUUGGUUAUGAUGAUUUCUACUAUGCGAUGGAGAGCAUCAGACAUACAUGUUGAUGACGAUAUUAUGAAGAACGGCGAACUUGGAUCGCUUGAAGCUGCGAAUGGAGAUGAUCCGAUCAAAAAGAAGUUAGGGGAAGACUUCUUGGCUCAGAUGCGGUUAGGGAAGAGUUUCCUGCAUGGGCUCGAUAAAGGGGGGAGACCCAUGUGCUUUAUACGGGUUCGCCUACAUAAACAAGGCGAACAGAGUGAGGAGAGUCUUGAGAAGUACACAGUUUUCACUAUAGAAACCGCAAGGAUGUUACUAGCACCUCCUGCCGAUACUGCUUGUGUCGUUUUUGAUAUGACCGGAUUUUCAAUGGCCAACAUGGAUUAUGCCCCUGUCAAAUUCAUGAUCAAGUGCUUUGAAGCAAACUAUCCAGAAAGUUUAGGAGUAGUAUUAGUCCACAAAGCUCCCUGGAUUUUCCAAGGCAUCUGGAAAAUCAUCAAAGGCUGGCUAGACCCCGUAGUAGCCAGUAAAAUCCAAUUUACCAACAACAACCAAGAAAUGGAAGAAUUCGUUCCUAAGGAACACAUAAUCAAGGAGCUCGGUGGGGUUGAGGACUGGGCUUACACUUACAUUGAGCCCGUACCAGGCGAGAACGACAAAAUGAAGGAUACGGCUACUCGCGACAAGCUUCUCCUCGAAAGAGAAGAUGCCGUUAAAGCCUAUGAAAAGGAAACGCUCGAGUGGAUCCACGCGAAAGAAACAGAUGCCACGAGUCUCAAGCAGAAAAGACAUGAUUUGGCGGCAACGCUGAGGGAUGGCUAUUGGAUUUUGGAUCCGUAUGUGAGAGCGAGGUCGUACUAUGAUCGUUCGGGUUUGAUUGGGCAGGGUGGAGUACCACACUUCUAUCCCUCGAAAGUGACACCAGCCGCAGCUGCAAAUGGGACUACAUCGGUGGAGACUUCGGCGGCAGACUUGGACUAG